AUGCCUGAAAGAAUUUGUGUGGUAGGUGCAGGAGCAAGUGGUCUGACUGCUACUAAAACAUGUCUUGAAAAUGGCUUACAAGUGGUAUGUUUCGAGAAAUCCUGUGAUAUUGGUGGAUUAUGGCGAUAUAAAUCACAACCUUGUCCUGGAGAGGGUACCGUGAUGAAAAACACGACAAUCAAUACAUCAAAGGAGAUGACAGCUUUUAGUGAUUUUGUGCCACCACCUGAAAUGCCUAAUUUCAUGAGUCACAUUCAAAUGUUGGCAUAUUUUCGAUCUUACGCUAAUCAUUUUCAUUUGCUACAACAUAUUCGUUUGAGUCAUGAAGUAACACGUAUUGAAAGAGAUGAGAAAUAUGAAGAAACUGGACGAUGGAAUGUUACUUAUCGCAUCAUUAACGAUAAUACAACGCAGACUGAGAAAUUUGAGGGAAUAUUGCUCUGCUGUGGUCACCACACAAUACCAUAUUGGCCUAAACCGUUCCCAGGACAGGACAAAUUUCGUGGCGAAAUUAUUCAUAGCCACGAUUAUCGUGAACCAUUUUCGUACAUUGACAAGACUGUAGUAUUGAUUGGAAUUGGUAAUUCUUCUGGUGACAUUGCAGUCGAUUUAAGUAGAAUUUCCAAAGAGGUUUACAUAUCAACUCGUAAUGGAACUUGGGUGAUUGGUAGAACUUGGGAUAAGGGUGAACCGAUCGAUCUUGUUUUUGUUAGUCGCUACGUGCAGACAGUAACAAAAAUUAUGCCAUCAUGGUUGGUCAACAAAUCAUAUGAAAAGAAACUUAAUCUGCAGUUUGAUCAUGGGCGAUAUGGUUUAAAACCGAAGCAUCACGCUCUUGCACAACAUGCUACUAUCAGUGAUGAGUUGCCGAGUCGUAUCGCAUGCGGAACUGUUAUUAUUAAACCGAAUGUUGCUCGUUUUACUGAACAUGAUGUGAUAUUCGAAGAUGGUACAGCGGUGUGUAAUGUUGAUGCAGUGAUCUUUGGUACUGGUUAUUCGUUUCAAUUUCCAAUCGUUGAAGAUGGUAAUCUCAUACCUGUUACUGAUAAUAAAGUUGAUCUAUAUCUGCAUAUAUUUCCACCACAAUUAUCACCAAAGAACACUUUGGCUGUAAUAGGUCUUAUCCAACCGGUUGGAUCUAUAAUGCCUGUUUCCGAAAUGCAAUCUCGAUUUUACUGUGAAGUAUUUGCUGGCCAUUGCAAGUUACCCGCAAUCGAUAAAAUGAAAAAGGAUGUUGAGAGAAGGAGAGUGCAAAUAGAAAAAAGAUUUCUGAAAAGUCGACGACAUACUUUAGAGGUAGAUUAUGCAACCUAUAUGGAUGAACUAGCGAAGAUGGUUGGCGUGAAACCGAAUUUGCUGAAGUACUGGUUCACUGAUCCUCGUUUGGCAUAUAUUCUGUUAUUUGAAGGCUUGGCACCGUAUCAGUUUAGAUUAAAUGGUCCAUAUGCAUGGGUUGGAGCGCGUGAUGCAUUGUUAGGUAUGGCGAGACGGACAUUCGAGAAUUCUCGCACACGACAAACUACUGAGACAAUGAAAUCAAAACCGAUUAACAAGUUUUUAUAUUAUCUUAACAUGAUGAAAUUUUAA